AUGCAGGCCGUUGUUUUCAAAGGCCCAAUGCAGGUCGCUCUCGAGCAACGACCCUUACCCCAGAUCCAAUAUCCAACCGAUGUGAUUUUAAGAGUGCGAUAUACGGCUCUCUGUGGAAGUGAGCUACAUGUCUUUCGCGGCCAUCAGCCUUCUGGUACAGGAUUCAUCAUGGGCCAUGAAUUCACCGGAGAAGUCGUGGAAGUCGGAUCUGAAGUUCAGAAAUUCAAAGCAAGGGACCGAGUAGUAUCACCAUUCACUGUUAGCUGUGGGAAAUGCUUCUAUUGUGAACGCGGUUUCUCUUCUCGGUGUUCCUCUUGCAAGCUAUACGGCACUGUUGCGCUCGACGGUGGACAGGCUGAAUAUGUCCGUGUCCCACUAGCUGAUUCGACUCUAUUUCGAAUCCCGGCCUCGAUUGACGAGAAAAAGUUGGUCUUAAUGGCCGACAUUUUCCCCACCGGUUAUUUCGCGGCGGCAAAUGGCUUUAGCGGAUUGGACCCAGAUGAGAUUCGCAAAAGCACCGUGCUACUAUUCGGCUGCGGUCCUGUGGGACUUUGUGCACUUUUCGGUGCGCUUGAGUAUCAACCGAAGAACCUUAUUGCAAUCGACAGUGUGCCUUCACGGUUAUUACUUGCCGAGCAGCUAGGAGCCGAGCCUUGGAACUUUGAGCAAGACGAAGAGGGCCUGCGACAGAGAGUGAUGAAGCUCACGGAUGAUCGGGGAGCAGAUGUUGUGAUAGAGGUGGUUGGGCAUAGCAGCGCGCUCAGAAUGGGCUUCGACCUCCUGCGACCUUGGGGGCGUAUCUCUAGUGUGGGAGUCCACAACCAAGAAAUACCGUGGACGGGGAAUGAAGCCUAUGGAAAAAAUCUGAGUCUUCAGAUGGGGAGAUGCCCUGUCCGAAGCAUCUUUGACAAAGCUAUGAAUCUUUUCGAAAAGAAACAAGAUGCUUUGGAGUUUAUGUCUCAAGAUAUUCGCCCGCUCUCAGAGGCAGUUCAAGCAUAUGACGAUUUCUGCCACAUGCGAGCCCAAAAGAUCAUUUUCAAGGUGGACACCGGCGAUGGCAGAUAA